AUGACUUUAAUAUUAGGCCAGAACAACCGGGCGUAUUUAAAACCAAUACUGCAUUAGCAUACGAUGAGAACUUGAACCUUGUAGCAUGGGGUUACCCAGCCCUUGCCCAAGAACCUCCAAAGAAAAAAAAGGCAUUGGCUAAACCACAGCCUAAACCGGUAGAAUUAUUCAUGUUACACCUCGCCAAUAUAAAGGCGGAAGAUAAACCGCCCCUUCCUCCAGGCUUAGAUGCAACAAGAGUCAUUACCGAUUAUUUACAUGAAAUGAGUUAUGAAGCGAAAGCCAUUUUGAGAGAAUGUAUGUAUAAUGCUGGUUACUUGGAACAUAGGCAAUCUGAAAAUUUAGAGUUUGUAACUGAACAUCUUACAACUAGAACUUUAUUACCCGGCAUGAAACUUGGUGAAAUUACUGAACGUAGUGGUGAUUUCUGUGGCGGCUCAUAUAUUGACCGUGAGUUCCUUAAAUUCCUUGGUCGAAAAUUAGGAUUCACUGCAAUGAAAAAACUAAAAGAAAAUCACUAUGGACAAAUGCAAUAUUUGGUCCAACAAUUUU